AUGCUGUCCCCCAUGGCCGUGUCGCCGGCGGUCUCGAAGUUCAGCAGUGCUAACGACUCUCCUCCUGAUUCAGCCGGGAACCGAUGGCAUCUCGACUGCUUCCGCUGCAACACCUGUGGCACCCUCCUCGACUCCGAUGCGAACCUGCUGCUGCUCGGCGAUGGCUCCCUCAUCUGCAAUAACUGCACCUACAGCUGCAGUGCUUGCGGGAACAAGAUUGAAGAUCUUGCCAUCCUGACCGGCGACCAGGCGUUCUGCGCGACGUGCUUCCGGUGUCGCAACUGUAAGAGAAAGAUUGAGAACCUGCGAUACGCGCGAACCUCCCAGGGAAUCUUCUGCAUGAGCUGUCAUGAGUCGCUCAUGGCAAGACGACGAAAAAAAUCAAAAGCGGCAGCUCAAGCCAAGUCGAGGGAGAAAGACGGGUCUCCAAUGAUAACCGACAAGUCGCUUCCCGCCCUUCCUCCCAACGCCAUUCCUCCGAAUGCCUUCUCUGAUACCAGAGUCGACCCUGACUCCGAUACGCCCACCGAGUUGUCCCCUCGCCCGCGCCCUGCCUACAGCAGAAACGACUCGUCGUCCAAAAACAGCACUCGGCCCUCCCGCUCCCCUGAGCGCCCUUCAGAAGCUACCAAGGAUGGUCUGUCUUUACCUCCCUCAAACUACCGCAACAACCGCAAUUCGACCAUCCUCCCUCCGAACGCCGGCGUCGAUGCCAACGGCGGCGGCGACGACGGCUUUUUCAUCCCGGUUGCACUGGACCCGUCACCCAUUUCCAACACUGCCCCGCGGUCAACGUCAGAGAACGCGUCGAGCUCCAAGAAGGACAAGGACUACUUCAACAGCGUAACUCGCGCUAGCACGGAUAAGAAGAAUGAUUCUUCAUCCUCGACGCCGCAUAUCGCUUUCCAGGAGAAGGGUCGCCAGCCGUCGUCCGACUACGACUCGGCCUCUGUCAAGCUGCCACUGCGCAAGACGUCGAAGUCUUCUAGAAGCGAUCCGCGGGCGUCUAUUGGCAGCGACGAGAAGACUCAAAAGGUCACUGCUGGCAAGCUGUCACCGUCGAUCGACGAGUUCAAGUUGCAGGAUGCGCCCAAGAGCAAGAAGUUGGUCAGCCCCAGGAGCGCAUCGCACUCGGCCGCCAUGACCCCUGAAAGUGGAAGCGCCAAGAGCAGUGACGGCGUUCUACGCAAAGACAAGGAGCCAUUCCCGAACUUGCCCUCGUCCGAUUCACCUCCCCGCAAGGGCAACGGGACCUCUCGAUCGUCCCAGGACUCGAGACAACGCGAUGAGGGCGAGGUCCGACCCUCGAUGGACUCCAUCUCUUCGUCACGAACAGACGUGACAGCGAAGUCCAUCACCAGGAAGGAACUGCCUGCGCGCAACGCCAACGGUAAGGCCGUCAGCGGCUCUGCUGGGCGUUCCAGCAUGCACGAUGAGACAAGCUCAUCGGGUCUCUCCGCUCCCGCGCGCCCGAAUAUGACUGAGCACAAGCUCAGCGACACUUACAUGCAGCCCCGAGCACCCCCGCAACCGCCCGGCCUGCCAGCGAACACACCCAAACCCCCUUCUAAGGAUCAGGCGAACGCAUCGAGUGAAGAAAAGGUUUCGCCCAAGCUGCCAAGAUGGAGUGCAGGUGGCGACUUCAGUAUGGACGAGGACAUGGCUAGGAUCCUGGGCACCGACGAAGGUUCUUCUUCGAUACUUCGCCGUGUGUCAAACGCCGUUCGUCAUGGUCGCACCAACAGCACAGAAUCCAGUCACCCUCAUAUGCCUCAGCACCCCCAUAGAGUCACCGGUCACACGAGGAGUAUUAGCGAAACCACCCGUGGCACCCCGUCUCCUCGCUGGCCAAAGACGCCGAUUCUCGAAGACCCCAACAGCCGUGAUAUCAGCAGCCCCGUUUCCAUCCAUUCGAGCGACGAUCCAGCUCUCCUUAAGCGGCAGCUGCGUAACUCGGAGAAUCGCGUGGCGGAGUUGGAGAGGCAAUUCACCACCGAGAAGGACCUGAAGCGACUGAACAAGACUCUGAUUGAAAAACGCAAGACGGUCUCGGUGCUCGACACCCAGACCGAGAUUAUGAUCAGGCAAUUGGAGGUUUUGGCCGGAUACGUUGAGCGUGCCAAGGAGACCAAGACGCCCGUCGAUCCUCGGGAUCUGGAGGACUCCGCGAUUAAGGAGUUCGUGCAGAAGCUUGAUAAGGUCAAGCAGACGAUGAGCGCCGCCAUUGAACAGCUUCAUACCGAACGUGACGAAUUGGUCGACGAGAAGAACCAGGCCAUCGCCGACAGAGACCGCGCUCUUUUGGAAUUCGAGCAGCUUUCGUCCAAGAACGCCCAGCUCGCCGAUAUGAACAACGACCUUACCCACCAGAUCCAAGAGCGCUUCAAGUCUCAGAUUGGCGGCGAGCUCAAGUCGCCCAACGGACUGGGCAUCUACAGUCAGAGCAAGGUCUUCUCGUCAUCGAACCUCAACCUGGCGGACUCUGCCAGCAUGACCACUACCCUCGUUCAUGAGACGGAGGAGCCCGUCGUGGAGGCGAGACCGACAGUUGUAGACAUCCGCAAGGGUCAAGUCAAGAAGUUCAACUGGAAGAAGGGUGGUAAGAGCAUGGCACAGAACUUGUCCAAGGGUCUCAACCGAGCCGCUGGCGCAUUCGCAAAUGAACGCGAGCAACGCAUGCACCAGCCGGGUCUCACGGGCGACAACAUUGGUCUGCCGUACAACAUGACCGUGUCCCAAGUCGAGGCCCCUAGCACACAGCUCUCCAACAACGCUGCACCGAAGGGUGCGCCGCCGCAUCCCGGAGGCUUCGGUUUCUUUGGAAAGAAGGGCGCAGUCAAGUCCAUGUCCACCACAAAUGUGUCGACACCCGCAAUUGCGGAGGCGCCUUCCACGCUUUUCGGCUCUGAUCUCGUCGAGAGAGCCGACUACGAACGUCGCACGAUUCCGAGCGUUGUCACCCGUUGUAUUGAGGAGGUUGAGCUACGUGGUAUGGACAUUGAGGGCAUCUACCGAAAGACCGGCGGCAAUUCUUUGGUGAAGGUGAUUCAAGAGGGCUUCGACAAGAGCGAGGAUUACGAUAUCUCAGACCCCGGACUCGACAUCACAGCAGUGACGAGCGUUUUGAAGCAAUAUUUCAGGAAGCUUCCGAUCCCGCUGCUGACGUUCGAUGUAUACGAUAGGGUUCUUGAGUCCAACGCCAUUGCAGACCAAACGGAACGCUGCGACCACCUGCGCAAGGUAUUCGGCACAAUGCCCCAGCGUCAUCGUGACUGCCUCGAGUUCCUCAUGUUCCAUCUGGCCCGCGUGGCUCAACGUGAGCCCGAGAACUUGAUGUCUCCCAAGAACCUGGCGGUUGUAUUCGCCCCGACAAUCAUGAGAGACACCAGCCUCGAGCGAGAGAUGACGGACAUGCACGCCAAGAACCUGGCCGUGCAAUUUGUCAUUGAGAAUAGUCACACCAUUUUCACUGAUUAA